AUGGCCAUUAAUGAAUCAAGGCUAAAGAGAGAGCUCAAGGCUCGGUUUUUGAUCCGGCCCCCUGUGGACGAGGAUCCCCGUUUAUUGAGAUCAUCAAUGAAAGGUUUUGUUCUUGUUGUGCUUGCUUUGACUGCUGCAAGUGCCGGUUUUUCGAGUACGAUUUACUUCCCUGGUAUUCCCGAUAUCACCUCUGAUUUACAGGCACCACCAAUUGCAACAACGUUAACGGCCGCGUUGUUCAUUCUUUCGAUGGGUAUUGCACCUGUGAUAUGGGCAUCCAUCUCGGAUUACUAUCGAUUACGCCGUGUAUUAUUUAUCUUGUCAAUGUUGAUCUUCUCGCUGGCAUCUCUGGGGUGUGCUUUAAUGACCAAUAUUUGGGGUCUUGUGGUGCUUCGUUGCGUACAAGCAAUUGGUGCCUCUUGUGGACAAUCAGUCGGAUCUGGUGUGAUCGCCGACUUGUACGAAAUUGAACGACGUGGUGCAGCCUUUGGAAAAUACUUUUUUGGCGUGUUUAUAGGACCAUUGACUGGUCCUAUAAUAGGUGGUUUUCUUAUUAUGAGUCCCUUAUCAUGGCGAGCGACGUUUUGGUUUUGUGUUGCAUUUGGGCUUACCGUUAUUACCAUGGUAAUGGCAGCCUAUCCCGAAACGUAUCGUGAAGAUGCAAAGUUUGAUUUGGCAAUCACAAACGAGAAGGAAGGAGCACAACAGCAGAAGCAACAACAGCGGCAUAAUGGUAAUAUGGAUCCCGACGAUGGUGCAUCCACUGCCACCACCGGAUCCAACACCGUGUCAGUGCAUGCACCUGACAACCACGUAAAGGACGAUAAAUCAAAGGGUGCUACUACCAUUGAUAUGAAAGCUUCACCAUUAGCAAAAAAAGAGAAGCGAAAGCCGAUAAAUCCCAUUCGACCUUUUCUUAUGCUACGCCAUCCUCAUGUGCUAUUGGUAGCCAUUAUACAAGGUGUAGCUUUUGGAUGCAUGUUUGCUGUCGAGACAAUCAUCCCAGACCUUUUUGAAACCAACUUUGGAUUUUCGUCAUGGCAAACAGGUUUGAGUUACCUUGGAGCUGGAGUCGGCAAUCUUUCGGGCGCCAUCGUUACCAACUUGCUAUCAGAUCGCUUAUUGCUACGAGCCCGUGCCAAGCGAGAUGGGCGACACAAGAUUGAAGAUAGGCUCACAAUCAAUCUAUGGCCUUGUGGAUUGAUUUUAAUGCCAUUUGGAAUACUUCUUUUUGGAUGGGGCAUUGGUAGCGGUAUGACUUAUUGGACAGGCAUUGUUGGAUUCGGCAUUCAGAAUCUAGGGAUGAAUCAAGUCAUGGCAUCCACAAGCGCUUAUCUCGUUGAUGCUACGCCUGGUUACGGUGCUUCAGUUACUGCUGCAGCUACGCUUGUGCGUAUGAUACUUGCAUGCGCUUUUACACUUGCAGCUAAUCCCAUGGUUGCUGCAAUUGGUCCUGGUUGGACAAGUGUUUUCUUGGCAGGUCUCACGUAUGCCUCCGUUAUUGCUCUGCUAGUUCUCAAGGUGUUUGGUCAUCGCAUGCGUAAAGCUGCUGGAUUUGAGCAACCAGCUGAACGUCAACAAGAACAAGACGCAGCUUGA